CCUCUAAAAAAUGUCAGAAAGAGAAGGUUCCGUAAGAGAGCAAAGAAGAGGUCUGUUGAGUCACCAGGUGUGGAAAAAGAAGUAAAGCGGUUGCUGAGCACAGAGGCUGAAGCUGUCAGUACCCGUUGGGAGAUAAUUGCUGAAAACGAAACAAAAGAAACAGAAAAUCAAGGCCUUGAUAUGUCUUCCCCAGGAAUGUCUGGCCACAGGCAGGGCCAUGACUCAUUAGAACAUGAUGUGCUUCGGGAGGUAUUCAAUGACCUCAGCAGCAGCAAAGAUGAAGAUGAGACACAGCAUCAAGACGAAGAAGAUAGAAACAUCACUGACACUGAGGAAGAUCUGGAAAGGCAGCUACAGGACAAGCUAAAUGAAUCAGAUGAACAGCACCAAGAAAACGAGGGAACCAAUCAGCUGGUUAUGGGAAUUCAGAAACAGACUGAUAACAUGAAAGGCACGCUCCAAGAGAUCCAGGACAGGGCAAAGCCACAGGAGGAUCUCAUCAUGAAAGUGGAAAACCUGGCUCUUAAGAACAGAUUUCAGGCUGUGCUGGAUGAACUGAAACAAAAGGAGGACCGAGAGAAGGAGCAGCUCAGCUCCUUGCAAGAAGAGCUGGAAUCACUCCUAGAGAAGUGA